AUUACUUGUCGUGUCGCGAUACGAAACUGCCGAUAUGAGGUAUCUACUGGGUGUAUUGUUAAUGGUGUCGUCUGUGUUGUGUGAUCGUAAUGACUCUGUAGAAAACUCGAAGUUAGGCAGAAGCUACAGGUUGAUGUACAACGCGGCGACAUGGCAGGACGCGAAGCAGACUUGCUUGAAUAACGGCGGCAAGCUAGCUGUGCCCAAAUCCCAGGAUGAGUUCAGCGUGAUCCAAGGUCUGAUUAGGAAGAUGCAUUAUCCCAGUAUCAUCGGCUGGACCGGCAGCAGACUGCUGGCGUGGGUCGGCAUUAGUAACGUCGAGGAGCCAGCGUGGAAGAAUGUGGACGGUCUGAUCCGGAAGAUGCAUUAUCCCAGUAUCAUCGGCUGGACCGGCAGCAGACUGCUGGCGUGGGUCGGCAUUAGUAACGUCGAGGAGCCAGCGUGGAAGAAUGUGGACGGUCUGAUCCGGAAGAUGCAUUAUCCCAGUAUCAUCGGCUGGACCGGCAGCAGACUGCUGGCGUGGGUUGGCAUUAGUAACGUCGAGGAGCCAGCGUGGAAGAAUGUGGACGGUCUGAUCCGGAAGAUGCAUUAUCCCAGUAUCAUCGGCUGGACCGGCAGCAGACUGCUGGCGUGGGUCGGCAUUAGUAACGUCGAAGAGCCAGUGUGGAAGAAUGUGGACGGAGAGGAUAUAGAAAAUACUGGUUUUGCAACGUGGGCCAAAGGAAACGGUGACAAAAGCAGCAACCCUAAAGAGCCUCAUUGCGCUGUGAUGGACGCUGCCAACCCAGGCCUACGAAGCUACUGGUGCCACUACAAACAACCCUUCGUAUGCGAGUCUCAUCUCAACCCUUAAUGUAUACAUAUGUGACCUUUCACGGGAAAAGGUACCUUAUGGCGGCUGGCGCUUACGUCGAAUAGCACCGCAAUAGUAUUGGAGCGGCGUUAAUUAUAGCGUAAGCGCCAACAGCCACAAGGUACCUUCAUUCGUGGGACGUGUCAUAUUAUUGAUUGAUCUGUGUUGAAUAGUAAUAAAAUAAACACAAUGAUAUAACAAAAUUAACUAGCCUGAAAGGUUUAUCAUAAUUGUAGGUACUUAAUUUAUUUUGAUCGCCGUUGAGUGAAAAAUUAAAAUGAUAUUUCAAAGGAAUAUUUUAUUAAACAUACACAAAUGUCUCCACGUUUAAUGAUAAUGAUAAAUUAAGCAAUUUCUAAGAAAUCUUUGUGCCGAAGCUGAAGACAAUUUAAAAGCCAAACAUCUUAUGUAAACCUCUCCGACUAGGUACAUUAAUUUAAAAACUCUUUGGCAAGGCAACUCAUUCAUUCCCUGAGGUAGAAUUGUGUAAACAUUAAAAUUCUGAACAAAAAUGCCGAGGUUUCCAAGGGCAAAGCAUUCCAACUUUGAUAUUAAAACACUGUCAACUUUGAGCGUAGUAAGUUUUUCAAUUUCGCAUUUUUUUGCUACAUCGUGGCUGGGAGGACGAUUCGAACUUACAAAUGUCAAUUUGAAUUUUUGACAUUAUCUUAUAGAUGCAAAGGAGAUGCGCUGCAAGUUACAACAUAAUCAAUAUAAUGUUUUAUUACAAAUAUACAUAGGUAAUCAAUAAUCAUUUCUAGUACGUUACCUAUUGUGAUCAAAUGCCGCAAUGGCGGUCGUAGCAUGCGGUUCCUGAACAUGUCAUAGAGAGCUUAUAUUAUAAUUAUGCAGCCAUAUAUUAAGCAGCCAUAAGGCCUUUUCCCGUGGAAGGUCAUAUAUUGAUUGAAACUAACACGAUCUUCACUCAUAAUUUUAAAACUGACACUUUAUUUCGACGCCGGAAAGCAAACACGUAGUAACCCACACAAGGUCAAAAAUGUUUUUCUUGCAUUUUUGGAAUCUCCAUUUUUUUCUGCGUCGACAGGUCGAAUCCACGUGCCAAUACGAUGAAAAAUGGGGAAAAUAGGAACACAAAAUUUUCUUGUUUUUCUUGAAAUGUACUACUCAGCAAACACGCAGUAAAUAGCAAAAAAACUCAAGAAUUUAAAUCAUUGUAUUUACAGCAUUUUGAUUUCCAUAUAAUUUAUACUUUAGUCAUUUACCACCUCCGUUGCUCUGACGCAAGUGUAGGUUACUACGUGUUUGCCGCUCAUGAAUGUGAAUAUCUUGCAGUUACGCUAUUUGGCGGGAAAUAAUGUUUAGUCGAGUAGUGGUUUAACACAAAUUCACACACUAUUGAAAUAUGAGAGACAUGUCUUUUACUACGUUUACAAGGAUCAAGUAAAACUACCACAUAAUAGUUACUUCACUGUUGUAGGGCGUAAGGUUUAAACUUCUGCGCCUUAUUUCGUUUUAACGCGGCUAUCGCGGCCAUUACUUGAACGUUUGCGCCGUCGCUCAGUGCGGUUCAGGGGGUGAAAGUGAGUCGACGUGUUUGUAAUCAAGUAAAAUAUUACGGGGAUUUUGGAUAAAGUGAUUAUUUUUAUUUAAGAAAGGAAGUUUUUUUUCAAUUGUAAGCAUGUAAAAUUGCAAUAUUUACGGUGUGUGUAUCGAUUUUAUGGUUUUAUGGUACUUAAAUAAAAUUUGGUCUUAUGGUAUCUGAUGAAAGUUUGUUUUGUCUAAAGUGGACUUUUAUUUUAUAAGAGGAUGUAGAAACCACUUUUUUUAAAUCAAACGUCGUUGUUAUACUUUGGUUAGGUUUUGAUCUCCCAUUACGUUAUGUCUUUUCCAACGAGGACUUCUUAUU